AACAUUAUCCUGCCACCAGCUUAACCGAGCGGUCAUCAUUUCUCUGCAGCUCCCAGUGAAUAAAACUCAUCGACAAAAGAUAUGACGCAGACGCACCACCACCUUCUCUUUUCUUUCUUGCUUCCGCCUACAAUGUGAGGCUCUCCUUCCUUAGAGAGGACAACCAUGAAAUAUGAAGAAUAACUCAGACCAUGAAGACAUUAACCACCUUCAAAUCCUCAAGGCUGUAGCUCAAGCAUGGCAUUCUCGCUCUUGUAAAUCUAGGCCUACUAAUGAACAUGAUGCCCACCGCCAAAAUUUCCUACCCAAGCCCUCUCGAUUCAAGCUUGAAGCAGUGAACAAGUCUUUGACCAAGAGGGUUGCAACUGGAAACUGGGAUUUCAAGCAAUCACUGCUGGAUUCCUAUGAGAUUGUGACCAUGACCAAAAUGCUGGAGAGAGGGCUAGUGCUAGAUGAACCAUUCUUUGGGUUGGAUGAUCAAAUUCGGGUCCUCAAGAGGCGAAAGGAAAGUAAGAACAGUCUUAGAAAUUUAUUUAAUCGUGUAUCUUCAAGGAGAUUCAAUCAGCAGGCUGAUAUUCCUCCUGCAGAUAACAAUCAAUUUUGAUAUGUUCUUUAUUUCUUUAGUUCUUGUUAUUGUUUACAUGAAAUCUGAACACAUCUUCAAGUUUUCCAAUGAAGAACUUCCUUCCGUUCCCCCCCCCCCCCCCUUCAGUAGAUUCUUCAUCGGAACACCUGAAAGAUGGUCUGAUUAUGUAGUGCAAUUUCCAUGAUUAAUCUGUCUAAAUCCUCACAAAGUUCACCC